AUGAUGGCACGCUGUCAUCACAGCGAUUGGCUCAACCUCCGCAUCGAACGAAACGAAGUCAUCUUGUACAUCUCGGAUCGGCUUCAAACGCUUAUCGACGAAAUUCCCAGCCCUGACCUUCGGCAACCCAGCUUGUUGGUCUUCAUUGGCCAUACCGCCAAAUUGUCAGCCCUUCGUGUGCUCGGCGCAGAGAAGCAUAGGCAGAAGUCGACCGGCAGACGGAAACGUGGCGGCGGAGUGCAUCUCCAACGAGGAAAUCCCGACGUGUUCCAUGACGUCCCCGUGCUUCUAGCCGAUGGCGACCUUCCGUACCGGGACUUGAAAAAGAUGUCCUCGGCCGAGUGCCACGAGACGAGACAGUUGAUGCUUCCUCGCAUCCGGGGAGGCGUCCGAGAUCUAGCUAUUGAAGAUGCUGCCGAUCACCUCUACUCCCGUCUCUUGGGUGCGUUUGCGGAUGUCUUUUGCUUCUUUUCGACCGACGUCGGCGGGUUUGGUCCCGUGGUACGUCGACUCGCAUCCUGGCUCGAGAAUGGCAGGCCGACGACACUGCCGAAGGCGACAUAUCCGCGGGUGGUCGUGGUGAUGGAAGCCACAGACCCUGGGGCCGAAAGCGACGAGGAGGCCGAGGAGGUUCUCCUGGGCGAGCUGAGAGAAGAGACAACCAAAAAUCCUCUGGAGAUGGUGUCGGCUCUCGAGGUGGUGACCGUCCCCUUCGGAGGACAGGACUACCGGCGACUGGAGGAACACUUGGUCCGGGUGCUGAAUCGAGGUCGGAGGCAGAAGAUCGAGGCGAGGACGCUUUUCUCUGGGAGGCACUUGACCGCAUUCUUCAAAUAUGCGACCGACCACUUUGGCAGAACCACGAGGGAGCCGUUCGAUUUCGUGAAAGCGUCGCGUUUGCGAAAUCCUGUCGCGUCGGACUUAGGCACGCAUCUGUGCAACUUCCUGAGGCAGAUCAAAUCGCCUGAAGAGCUAACGAACUUCGCGGUGCCGAUGAUUGCAUCGAGCCUUCUGCUGGAUCACUAUCCUCCCGGUAUGCACGAUGUAUUUCAGACCCUGUAUAAAGACGCCUGCUAUCAAGUGGGCAGGAGCGGUGUGCUUGUGUACGACAGCUCGAUAAAAUUGCUUCUUCCGUCUGGCUUCGUCCAAGCCGUCUCAGAGCAGCUGCGAAAAUGUUUCGAGGACUUUGCCGUCGGCACGCCGUCCAUGACGGUCCAUCACAACAAUCUGAAGAAGUUUAAGCUUCGCUGGAAGCGGGUGCGAAGCGACGACACCUGUCUCGUAUGCUUGCGUCGCACGCCAGAGAACAACAACUUGCCCUGUGGCCACGCGGUCUGCGAGAACUGCCCUCGAGUCUUCGGACACCCAGAUCAGAAUGAUCGGUGGGCGUUCGACAUUCGGCGCUGUUUCCUCUGCGAUAUGGCGCUUCGAGAUGUGACGGUAAAAGGAAUCGUACCGCUGCUGUUUUUGCAAAUCUUGGAGGACAGGAUGGGCCUACCGAUCCCAGUGCAGGAUAAUUUCGAGAUUUCGUUUGGCACCAGUUCCGGCGGACUGAUCGUCCUCGCAUUAUUUAUCAUGGGGUGGCCGGUGGAGGACUGUGCGAAUAUUUUCGAAUCUUUUGCGAAAAGGGCAUUCAGGCCGCGCUGGGUCUCCCACGUACCCGUCGUGUCCCGCAUUCCGAUCUUGUCGCACAUUCUUGGGUUUCUCGUGUCGUAUUUGGCCGACGGUCUGUAUCCAGCGGAUAAUUUGGAAGCUGCGCUAAAAGAAGUUUUCGGCGGCGACAUGGGCAUUCUGGACAACUCCCAUGCAACUGCGAUCGGCGCGAAAGUGGGAAUCCCGGUAACCACGGUCCUGGAAACGGACCCGUGCCUCUUCACCAACUAUAACGGGGCGGGACCGAGGCCGCAGGACUGCGGAUACCGCAUUGUCCGGUCACAAGAUGGGCGGAAAAGGAUUCGACUGUGGGAGAUAGCGAUGAGCGGAGCUGCGGCACCGUGGUACUUUCCAGCAAAGCGCAUUCCUGGGGUUGGGACCUUUCAAGACGGAGCCCUGUGGAGGAACAAUCCCGUCGACCUUGCCCUGUGGGAAAUCCCGGUGGUGUGGCCACUGAUCCGAAGGCCCAAUGUGGUCGUCUCCCUCGGUACCGGGUCCUCGGGACCACGCGUACCCACGUCACACUCCAGCAGACUACGUGCGAUCUGGAGAGAGGGAUUCCUGCCACGGUCAUACAGAGCCUUCAUGGAAUUGAUCAACGGUCAAAAAAUUGCCCAGGCGUUCAAGAAUGGAAGACGGGCAGAAUUGGACGGGCGGUAUUUCCGGUUUGACGUUGAGCUGGACAGAGAGGUCGACUUGGACGAUACGGGCGGGAUGCGCGGGCUGACAACAAAAGCUCGGGAGCAGUUCUGUCGGUCGGAGGAUGUCGAUGUCGUCGCGCGUUGCCUCGUUGCGACGCGUUUCUACUUUGAACUCGAGUCAAAGCCGAAGAAGAUUAAGGGGAAGUAUUCUGGAUCGGGCCAUAUCUUCUGUCGUUUGCCUCGACAUAGUCCCGAGCUCGAGGUGCUGCUGGAACAGUUGUCUAAACGGGCGGCGAGAUUUAUCGUGAACGGCUAUAGGCUUCCCGGGUCGGUCGGCGAUCGGUCGUUCAUCGACCACCAAGGAACCUUUCGUAAAAGGGUCGAAUUUGAAACCAAGGACACAUUAUCCGUUCUUCUUCAAGAAGGGCCAGCGGAUCCGCAGCACAUCAGUGGAUCUCCAUACGCAGUCCACGAUCUACUGGAUAUGCAAGGCCUCAACAAUGAUUUUGGUACUCCGGAUCAUAGGAAGCGAAAAGAGCGCGAGGAGGAUGAGGGAGAAACGAGGGUAGAGGAGCCGGCCAAGAAGCGUCGUCGGGCUUGGUAG